ACCCUUGCGUUGCGCUGGCAUAGACUGAAAAUAGCCAAAUACAGAAAGCCGAAGAACAAGGCGGAGAGAAGACAGAGGAAACGAAGACAUCCCCCGAAACUUGCGAAAUCACCAUCAAUGGCGUCGACUGCAGCAGUACCCUUCUGGAGGUCUGCAGGGAUGACGUACAUCUCAUACUCAAACAUCUGCGCUAACAUAGUCAGGAACUGCCUCAAGGAGCCUCACAAGAGCGAUGCCCUAGCUCGGGAGAAGGUCCAUUUCACCGUUACCAAGUGGUCCGAAGGAAAGCCCGAGAAGCCCAGUACAACCCGGUCCGACGACCCAGAUGUUUGAGCUAUGGCGAAGCGUUGUGCGUGCAAGGAGGAAUAUCUUAGAUAUCAGAGAUUUCUAUUUUCUGUUUUCUGUUUUUUCAGUAUGGCCUGUCUUGGCUGUGAGACAAAAUUUUCAGGGGUUUGAGAAAGGUGGUAAUAAAUGUCAAGGGGAUUGAUUGUACUCUACUCCUGGAUUGUUGUCGAAUGCUGCAGGAAUUGUCAGCGCUGUUUUCUGUUGCGGUAACAUUUACGAAGUUGUUAACAAAUGUCGACGUGCCUAAUUGCUCAAGCUGGCAAGGAUGCUAGAAAACUAUGAAUGG